AUGUUCUCAAUUGCAGCUAUCAAUGACACCGACUCUAAAUGUCAGUGGGAACCACUAGCUCCCACCAAAGAAGCUCAGGAAUUUCAUCUUUCUCAAACUUAUCAUGAAGGACUUGUCAAGUUACAAGCAAAGGAGUAUGAAAAGGCUCGCGAGCUCUUAGAAUCUGUGCUUAAAGAUCCUCUCAUUGCUGAUGCUAAGGUGGAUAGAGGUGCUGGUGACAGUCAUCUAUUGCAGCUCAGGUUUUUGGCGCUGAAAAACCUUGCCGCUGUUUUUCUUCAGCUAGGUUCUACUCAUCAUGAGAAUGCUUUACAUUGUUAUCUUCAAGCUGUGGACAUUGAUUCUAAAGAUUCCGUUGUAUGGAACCAGCUGGGAACAUUGUCAUGUUCAAUGGGCUCGCUGAGCAUUUCACGUUGGGCAUUUGAACAAGGCCUCUUGUGCAGCCCUAAUAACUGGAAUUGCAUGGAAAAACUUUUGGAAGUUCUUAUCGCAAUUGGUGAUGAAGUUGCUUGCCUUUCUGUUGCUGAGUUGAUUUUGAGGCACUGGCCAUCACAUUCUCGCGCUUUGCAUGUUAGAAAUACUAUUGAAGAAUCAGAACCAUUGCCAUUUGCUCCCAGAGGCAUAGAUAAAUUGGAACCAAAACAUGUGCGGCUCAAGUUUUCUGCUAAGAGAAAAGCUAACGAUGAGAAUCUAGACGAGGAUGUUGCAUUUAAAAAGCUGAACCAAAACAAAGAUCUAUACCUCACCGAAGCUUCCUGGGUGGCUCUUGCUGAUGCGCUGCUGGGGAUCUUAUUGCCUUCAAAUCUGAAAAUUUCUGAGGUAGAACCUAAAGAAACGAGCAGUUCUCCGGACAUUAGGCUAAGAAUAAACUUGCCUUGUAGUUCAGAAGCUGCUCUGAACACCAUGGAAGUGAAAGGGUUAAGUGGUGAAAAUAGUGCUUUUGGUGAAGCUAAUGUAGGACCAGCAAGUGUUUUUAAAGAGAAAGAAGCAAAUGCCCAAGAAGAACAACCACAUGAAAGACGAAGUUCUCGACUUGAAAGGCUCCGCAGUCGUAAACCAGGGAAAGAAGAUUCAAACUCUUGUGGUAAGGACCCUGCCAAGGUUGUCAUUCGGUAUCUAGAACCUUUCAUUGCUGGUGGAUUGGAGGAUAAAAAAACUACCAAUAGUGAUACCACGACACUAUCCUCCUCAGGAAAUUCUGAAUAUGAUAAUGUUUCUGCAUUUUUAAGACAUACUUCAAAUAAUCAUGGUGCUUACCAUAUGGGACACUUGCUGUUAGAAGAGGUUUCAAGACAAGGCCUCCCAUUUCAGGAUGCUUUUGUCAAGUUUCUGGAGUUGGAAAAGUCAACAAGGCAUUGGGGGAAGGAUAGAACUGCUGAGUGUAACCUUUUUCUUGCUGAGCUGUAUUAUGAUUUUGGGUUAUGCUCACCCACUGGUUCUAAACAACUGGAAUGGAUGUCAGAGGCAUCUUAUCAGCUUUGCAAGAUUGUAGAGUCUGUAGCUCUUGACUAUCCUUUUCACUUGACUAGUGCCUUGAAUGAAGGUUGCAUUUUAAUUGAUGGUUUCCAAGAGACUAGUGGAACAUCAAUAGACACCUCCACUGAAAAUAAUUCAGAUUUAGACAGCUCACUUCUGAUGAGAAACAGUUCAUUCUGGUCUCGAUUUUACUGGAUAAGUGGGAGAUUGUCUAUUUUUGAAGGCAACAAGGCAAAGGCUUGUGAAGAAUUUUGUAUUGCUUUGUCACUUUUGGCAAAAAGGGAAAAAAUGGAAAAUUCUCCAGGUUCAGUCCCCUGCCCACAUUGCAAGGAUGUUAAAGAGAUAAACAUUGAUAGGGUUCUCUAUGAAGUUAAUAUAUUGAAGGAUGUCUACUUCAAUUCAUUUUCUUUAUCCAUGGCAGAUAAAAAAGAUGAAAAGUUAACUUCCACCGAGCUCAUGGCUCUAGAUGUUCUAAUUGAAGCAUGUCAGAAGAUAACGCCAACCGAUGUAGAUCUCGCACCUUCUAAUUUGGAUGACUCAAAUGAAAGCUCUAACAAGCACUGCAGUCACUUGGUUGCAGAGGAAGUGAAGGCCCUCUCUGACUGUAUAUCACAAGUGAAGAAAGUUAUUGAUCACUGUGGAGAUUCCGAUGUUCUCACUGUUCCAACAAGCAGCAUUUGUCAAAUGCAAUCUCUGCUGCUGUUAAUCAUGGGCUAUGUCGUGAAUGUACUUGUGUGCAACAUAACCUCUGCACAAGUAAUCUCUGAUCAAUUGGAAAGUAACUGUUUUGUUGACGCAGCCAUUGUUUUCUGCAAACUUCAGCAUCUUAGCCGAACCACACCUAUCGAAACUCAAGUUGAUUUAAUUGUUGCAACACAUGACAUGCUUGCUGAAUAUGGGCUUUGCUGUGUCGGUGAAGGUGGCAAAGGCGGAGAAGGAACAUUUCUUAGAUUUGCAAUAAAGCAUCUAUUGGGCUUGGAUAUGAAGUUCAAAUCCGGCUUUAACCUUAAAAAUAAAGAAUCAAUGCGAUGCGAAGAAGCAUCCAAAAACAGUAUUGUCAAUUUAUCUAUGGAAGAUUCAAUAUCAGAUACAUUAGAUUUCCGGAUGGAUUGGACCAGAAUUGAUGAAAUUACCUCUGUGAAAAAGGAUGUUUCUGAAGGAAUAUCUGAAGGAGUCGCAUCUUGCAAAGUUCAAAAUAAAAACAGUAAGGAGGUAGAGUGUGAAGAUAACGUGGUUGCUGGGACUGACUGUAAGUUAGUUAAGGGUGAAAAUUCAUGCAAUCAAUUGAUUGAACGUGGAAAUGAACUUUCUGAAGAUGAAACAGAAGAACUUGAGUCUAAAAUUGACGGGGCCUUAGAUCAGUGCUUUUUCUGUUUAUAUGGAUUAAAUCUAAAGUCUGAUUCAUCCUAUGAAGAUGAUCUAGUGAUGCACAAAAAUUCAAGUCAGGGAGAUUAUCAGACCAAAGAACAAUGUGCUGAUGUUUUCAAAUAUGUUCUUCCUUAUGCGAAGGCAUCUUCCAAAACUGGACUGGUCAAGCUUCGCAGAGUUUUAAGAGCUAUUAGGAAACACUUUCUUCAGCCACCAGAGGACCUUUUGACAGGAAAUCCAAUUGAUAAGUUCCUUGAUGAUCCUAAUCUAUGUGAAGAUAAACUAUCCGAGGAGGCCGGAUCUGAAGGAUUUCUUGAAACUAUAACUAAGACCAUGUUUCCUGAUGUGGGAGGCCUUGGACAUUAUAACACAACACUAUUGAGGAGAUCUGAGCCAUAUUUGGACGUCUACUGUAACUUGUAUCAUUUCUUGGCUCUGUCUGAGGAAAUGAGUGCAACUGAUAAAUGGCCUGGAUUUGUGCUGACCAAGGAAGGGGAAGAGUUUGUUGAGCAAAAUGCUAAGCUCUUCAAAUAUGAUCUCAUGUACAAUCCUCUACGCUUUGAAAGCUGGCAGCGACUUGGAAAUAUUUAUGAUGAGGAAGUAGAUUUGUUGCUUAAUGAUGGUAGCAAGCACAUUAACGUAGUAGGAUGGAGGAAGAAUCCCACUUUAUCUGAGAGAGUGGAAACAAGCCGAAGAAGGAGUAGACGGUGCCUACUAAUGAGUUUAGCUUUGGCAAAGACAUCUGCUCAGCAGUGCGAGAUACAUGAGUUAUUGGCAUUGGUAUACUACGACAGUCUUCAAAAUGUAGUCCCAUUUUAUGAUCAGAGAUCUGUUUUGCCCUUAAAGGAUGCAACAUGGAUGGCGUUCUGUGAGAGCUCAAUGAAACAUUUUAAGAAAGCCUUCACACUUAAGCAAGAUUGGUUGCAUGCAUUUUACUUGGGUAAACUUAGCGAAAAGCUUGAAUAUUCACAUGAAAUUGCACUAUCAUAUUACACAAAAGCUAUUGCUUUGAACACAUCAGCUGUUGAUCCCGUCUAUAGAAUACAUGCCUCGCGCUUGAAACUAUUAUUUAAAUGCGGAAAACAGAAUGUGGAGAUUCUGAAGGUUCUUUCAGCAGACUCCUUUGAUCAAUCUGUAAAAGAAGCUGUCACAAGUAUCCUUGGCAGCACAGAUAGCUCAUCUUUAAAUACAAUGGAGAGCUGUAUUCAUGCCAAUUCUGUGGAUACUAAGCAUGAAGGGUUACUCAAAUUAGAUACUGCAUGGUCCAUGCUUUACAAUGAUUGCCUUUCUGCACUUGAAACUUGUGUUGAGGGGGAACUCAAGCAUUUCCAUAAGGCCAGAUACAUGUUGGCUCAAGGGUUGUAUAGAAGGGGGGAGAGUGGUGAUUUAGAGAGAGCAAAAGAUCAACUAUCUUUCUGCUUCAAAUCUUCACGCUCAUCAUUUACCAUAAAUAUGUGGGAAAUCGAUAGCACGGCAAAAAAAGGAAGGCGCAAGACACCGGGUUCUACUGGGAAUAAAAAAGCCCUCGAGGUUAACUUACCAGAAAGCUCUCGAAAAUUCAUUACUUGCAUUCGAAAGUAUUUGUUGUUUUAUCUCAAACUGUUGGAGGAGACAGGAGAUAGAUGUAUUCUUGAGCGUGCAUAUGUUUCUCUCCGGGGAGAUAAGCGGUUUUCAUUAUGCCUUGAAGAUCUUGUACCCGUGGCUAUCGGAAAGUAUUUAAAAGCCCUGAUUUCAGCCAUGCGUCAUUCACAGACUACUGCCUCUUUUCCAGUGAGCAGCUCUGACAAUGUGUUGGAUAAAAUGUUUGCUUUAUUUAUGGAGCAAGGAAGCAUGUGGCCAGAAAUAUACAGCUUGCCUGAAAUCGAGUGUCGUGAUACAUCAGAAAGUAUCAUAUAUGGGUAUCUCCAUGAACAUAUAUCAUUGUUAGAGAUAAAUGGAAAAUUGGAAACUCUUGAAACAGUUAAUGAAAAGAUUCGAAAACGUUUUAAGAAUCCUAAGCUCUCAAAUAGUAGUUGUGCAAAAGUUUGUAAGCAUGCUUCUGUUGCUUUGUGUCGAUCUCUUAUAUACAAUUUGGCACAAAUUACUCCUGUAUCAUGUGGAUUCUUAAAUGAGAUUCAAGUCCAUAAUUUGAAUGAUGAUGGGAUGGAAAAUAGCCAGCUGCUCUGUAUUGAUUUGCAGCCACGUGAAUUAUUGAUUACUUCUUUUGAAGAUCCAUCUAUUUUAGAAAAGAUUGAAACAAAAUGGAGUCCCAUUCUAUCAAAAAUAAAAAAUAUACUGAUCAAGAAAGCUUCUGAUGAAAAUUUGGAAACAGCAAACACUUUGCUCAGAGCUUGCUAUAUUUUUUACCGGGAGAGUUCUUCUGUGGUGCUUACCUCUGGCCUCAACUUUUAUGUAAUUCCAUCUCAAUUAGUAACAGAGACACCGUUCAGCCCAACUAUCACCGGAGUUGAAGCCCUUGAUCUGAGCAUCCCAAGGAAACUUCUCUUGUGGGCCUAUGCGAUGGUACAUGGACGUUAUGCAAAUAUAUCAGUUGUUGUGAAGCAUUGUGAAGAAGGUUCAAAGUCAAAGAUGAGAAGGGGAAGUGGAAUGUCACCAGCACUUACAAACUCGCCUGCAACUGCCCCAUCUCUUCCCGGUAGCAGUAGAAGUGGACCAUAUGAGGUUGAUUGUACCCAUGUCACAACAGCAUGGAGUGGUUCGCAUUUCACUGAUGUUGUUCAGAAGAAUCUGUUCGGUUCUCCGCAGUUGCAUCAAUGUACCAGUAACGAUGCAGAGAGAAGUAAUGCAAACGUCCGUGAACCAGAGACACGAGAUUGA